AUUCGCGUUGGUGACAUAAAGAAGAUUCACCAGAUUGAGCUUAUCCCCCAUGGCCAGAUGGUCGCAGUGAUCUCAGGGCGAAGUCACCACGUGCAGCUAUUUCCCAUGUCAGUUUUGGAUGGAGAAAAGACUGAUAGUCACAAGCUGGCAGAAACCAAAGGGUGCCACACCAUGACUUCUGGAACAGUGUGCCAAGGGGCCCAUACAUGCCUCUGCGUGGCUAGGAAAAGCCAAGUCUUCUGUUACGAGCUGUUUCAGAGCAAUACAAUUUCUCACAAAAAAUUUAAAGAACUCCAAAUCCCAACCACUGUCCAGUGGAUGGGCAUCUUCAGUGAACAGCUCUGUGUAGGAUUUCAGUCGGGAUUCCUCAGAUACCCCUUGAAGAGAGAAGGAGUUCCAUACAGGAUGCUGCACUUCCAUGACCCUACACUGUCAUUUAUUGCUCAUCAACCAGUGGAUGCUCUCUGUGCAGUUGAGAUCUCUAGUAUUGAGUAUCUGUUAUGUUUCAAGAGCAUUGGAAUUUACACUGACAGCAGGGGCCUCAGAUCUAGGCCCAUUGAACUGAUGUGGCCAGCACCUCCAACUUAUUGCUGUUACAAUGCCCCAUAUCUCUCAGUGUACAGUGAAAACGCAGUGGACAUCUUUGAUGUGAACACCAUGGACUGGAUCCAGACCAUCCCCCUCAAGAAGGUUCGACCCUUGAAUAGUGAAGGAUCCCUAAAUAUUUUUCUUCUGGAGACAAUUAGAUUAAUAUAUUUCAAAAAUAAGAAGACAAAUGGAGACGAGCUGGUAUCUUCUGAAACACCAGAUAAUCAAGAGAAGCAAAUGGUUCAGCACCUUAGCAGCAAGCGGCGUUAUUCCUUCAGGGUUCCCAGAGCAAAAGCAGUGCUACCAAAAGGGCUGUGAUGACCAUCUCUUCACACAUGGUCCAGAGAGGCUACUCAAGGACCACGUAAUAUUUAAUGUGGUUUGGAAGAAAAGGAAAUAAAUCUGUGAAACUCGGGCAAAGACAUCUGUUUGCAGUGGUGUUAUGCUUAUUUUUCUGUGCAACUUUAUUUUGAAAAAUUUCCCCAGUUUUAUUGAAAUAUAAUUGACAUAUAACAAUGUAUAACUUCAAGGUGUAGAGCAUAAUGGUUUAAACAUUUAUUGUGAAAUGAUUACUACAAAUAGUUG